CUUCAGAGUGAUGCCCUGAGAGAAGCUAUUACUCAGAUAUCAACUGAUGCUAAGGAGAAGAAGUGCAACUUCACUGAAACUGAUGAACUGCAGAUUGGGUUGAAGAAUUAUGAUCUCCAGAAAGACAAGCGUUUCAGUGGUUCAGUAAAGUUGCCUCAUAUUCCUCGCCCCAAGAUGAAGGUCUGCAUGCUUGGUGAUGCUCAGCAUAUUGUAGAGUGUGCUAAUUUGAGCCUAGGACGGAGAUUCAGCCCUGAGCCUGAGGUACUUCUUCGCAUCCUUUGUUUGGUUACGCUUAUUAUGUACUGA